UCCCAGCAGUUCAGCAGGGCUAUGGCGGUGGCUCAGGGCCAGUAUAAGAGAAGCAGUUGUUAAUUAGAGCAGGGGGAGAGCUGCUGCUGCUGCGGCUGCUGUUGUGAAUACGGGGAUUAUUCAGUUUCCUCUCCUCCUCCCUUUGUUUUUUCAGAAUGUGAAAGUGAAAGAAGCAGCAGUGCUCUUUGCCCAGACAGCCAUUCCGAGCGAACAGGGAUGGGAAAUGGCGCUGGAGAGAAUCUUCCUUCUCUGCUGGAUUUGCUGCAGCUCAGUGUGGAUCCUUUCUACAGAUGCAGUAUUGAAGAUAAAGGACGGGGCUCCCCCUGUUGUUACCCUGGGGCUUGAUGUGAUCCUCCCCUGUACAUUCAGUUUGGAUCAGCCUGUGAAUCUGCAGUACCUUGCAAUACUCUGGACCUUCCAGAACAAAGAAUUCUUCAGGCUUGACAACAAGGGGAAGCAGCCGAACCCAAGAGUGACAUUCAUUGAUGCAGAUGCCAAGAAAGGGAUCGCUUCUCUGCUACUCCACAAUGUCACAGUCUCGGAUGCCGGUGUCUACACUUGUAAAAUUAUCUACAGUCCUGACAUAGAAUCCAAGGACAUAAUGCUGAAAGUUCAAUCUCUUCCUACAGUUGAAGUGUUAGAGAGAUUAACAGAUGAACAAAGUAUGAUCGUCUGCUCAGCGUCACGGUUCUACCCAAAGAAUAUCACUGUGACCAUAAUCCAGGAAGGAAAGGACGUGACCAGUUCUGUAUUGUCCAACUAUCAACAGAAUUUCGAUGGCACAUUCAGUUUGAACAGAUCCCUGACAUUAGAGGACUCUGUGAAACGAAGGGCCAUGUCAUGUAGAGUCCAACAUCAAUCUCUUGCUGAGCCCAUUGAGAAAGCUUUCCUGCUGCUGCAUGGAGUUAAAGAUGAAUCCAAUAACGCUGUUGUGUUCGGAGCUGUCGGUGGCUGUGCGGUGCUUCUUGUUCUUGUGAUCAUCGGAAUAGUUUACUGCAAAUAUAGCAGUAAAAAAGGUGGGGAGAUGUUUAUGGGUGACAUUCAGGGGCCUCCGGUUUGGAUAGAUGGGGAAAAGCUCAGUCUUUACUGUACAACAUCCAACUGUUCUCAGGAUGCCAAAGUCACUUGGAUUGUAAAGGCACAAGAUGGCACAGAGAGUAAAUUCUCAGAGGCUGGUACUGGGGAGGCAGAGGAGGAACAGCCUCUUAUCUCCAGAGAAUAUAUUGUAUCUAAAACCAUCAAGUCACAAAAGAAUGGCCUCUGUGAUUAUUCCAGCACUUUCUGCUUCAUUCCAUCUGUAUCGAGGCACCUUGGCACAUCCAUCUCUUGCAAGUUUCUGUGUGGUAGGAAAACCCAGGAGAAGACCUUCCAGUUUAAGUCUAUUCAAGCCAAACCCAAGUUUAUUGAGCCAAUAAGUAUGAGCCUUUGUGACUCUGGGAAUGUGCAGCUAUUAGCCAUCCUGGAGAGGUUCUACCCUAAGGAGGGAAUCAUGGUCACUUGGAGAUGUAACAAAGAGAAGUCACUAGAGACAAAGGCACCAGUGGAUGAAUUGAUUAUACAUCCGGAUAAUACAUUUACUGUGAGAAGCAAAUAUGAAAUUCCUGGGGAUUGGUUGAAGGAUUCAGACUUUAAAGUUUGUGCCUCAUGGAAACAUGAUUCUAUGGAGAAAGUUGAGUCCAGAGAAGUGAGUGUGAAAGACUUCCCAUGGCACCCGACUAUCGAUGACAUUCCCUUACAAAGUGAGAGAAAGAACAAUAAAUUAAGACUGAGCUGUAAUAUCUCCAAUUACUUCCCUGAUGCACUUACUGUCAGUUGGUUUGGGAAGAAGAAAGGAAGUGAGGAACUGUUUCCUGUAUCUAAAAGUGACAGUUAUGACAUGCAUACGUCCCAGUCCCAAAGGGGCACAAAUCACACAUAUAAGUGCCAAUCAUGUCUGGAUAUCUCAGUACCACAAAGCAUGGAGCAAGAAAUGGAAUAUAUCUGUAGAGUGGAGCACCCAAGCCUGAAGAAACCAAUACAAGGAGGCACUGGGUCAAUACAGAAAUAUGAUUUGACAGAGAAGCCAAAAAGCUUCAUUGUGCAUAACAUUCAGGGGCCACAGAGAUGGCAAGAAGGAGAGAAGGUCACUCUGUAUGGGACUGCCCUGUACUGUAAGAAGGAUGUUCAGGUGACCUGGAUAGUGACUGAGAUGGAUGGGACCAAAUGGGAAAUCCCAGACAUUAGCAAGGAGAAGGAUAAAGAGGAGAAGUCGGGGGCCAAUGAUUAUGUGGCUUGUAGGGAGAGGAGCGAUGAAUCAGACCGUGAGGGACUCAUGGACAUUACCACUUCCUUGAGCUUCACUCCUUCAGUCUCCAGGCACAGAUCCAUGAGCCUCAAAUGCAAGUUUGUCUGUGAUGGGAAAUCCACUGAAAAACUCUUCCAAUAUAAAAAUCUCUAUGCCAAACCCAAGCACUUGAAGCCAAUAAAAUUCUCUCUCCUUGAGAAUGGGGAAGUGCUGUGUUGUCUCAGCUUGCAGCAGUUUUACCCUAAAUCCAUGAAGAUCAGUUGGGGUGCUGGGGUUCCCCCUUCCUAUAACAAGAUGGAGUCAGAUGAGGAAGUGACAGACUCAGGGAUCAUGUAUGAUCUUCUCAGCAAAUGUAGAAUUACAGGGAGGCUUCUCCGAGAUCCUGACUUUACUGUCAAAGCUUCUUGGAAACACGAGUUCAUGAGUGACUGGGAAUCUACCCAACUGUCCAUCAGAGACCCAGGUUUUCCUUGGAAACCAGUAGUCCAGAACAUUCCUGUGCCCAAUCUCUUUGUUAACAAUCCAGUCACACUGAUGUGCCAAGUCUCUAAUAUCUUCCCUGAGUCCAUGACUUUGAAGUGGUUCAGGAGGGAGAAGGAUGGACAGGACUUGUUCCCAGUGUCUCACAGUGAGAAAUACAAGAUCCCAGAGAUUAAAUUGGAGAAGCAAGAAGACAAGACAUUUCAGUGCCGAGCUUGUUUAACCUUCACCCCAACCAUUAGCUCAGAGCAAGGAGCUGAAUUCAUCUGUAGGGUGGAACAUCCAAGCUUAGAGAAAACUGAGGAGAGGAGAACAGGUCCCCUCCAGAUACAAGAGAAGACAUUUAUUUCAGUAGAGGAGAAAAAGUUCAUUGUGAAUGACAUUCAGGGGCCAGACAAAUGGACAAAGGGAAGAGAAGUCACUCUCUAUGCCAUGGCUUCUUACUGCCCCAAAGAUAUAAAGGUGAUAUGGAUUAUAAGGGAGAGAGAUGGAAAAGUGUGGGAGAUCUGUGACACCCCAACAGAGAAAGGCAAGAAGCCAACAGACAAAGGACUCAACAGAUAUGUGGCAACUAGAGAAAGUACUGAUACAUCAGACAAAGAGGGGCUCCUUAAUGUGUCCAGUUCCAUAAGAUUUAUCCCCUCUGUAUCUGUCCACUCUGGGGUGAGUCUCAUGUGCAGAUUUGUCUGUGAUGGAAAGAGCGAGGAGAGAGAAUUUAAGCCCAAAGCCAUUUAUGCUAAACCCAAGCUGUUGGAGCCUAUAAUGCUGGAAUGGUGUAACUCAGAGAAAGUGAAAUACUCCCUGAACCUUGGGGGAUUUUACCCAAAAGACAUGGAAAUCACCUGGACGUCUGGAGUGGGAGAGUCUCAGAAAAAGAAGAAAUCAUCUGACCAAGUGCAGGAGAAUCCCAAAUGGACAUUUAACAUCCAAAGUGACUGCACAAUUAACCAGAAGUUCUUCAAAGAUCCAAAGUUUAAGGUGUGUGUGAGCUGGAAACAUGAAUCCAUGGAAAAUCCACAAUCCAGGGAAUUUUCUCUACAAGAUUUAGGUCACAUUUGGCGGCCAAUAAUGGAAGAAAUUCCCCUCCAUCAGAUACUGGUGGGCCGGCAGGUUUCCCUUCAGUACAAGAUCUCUGGGUAUUUCCCUGAUGCCCUGACUGUCAGUUGGUAUAAGAAGGAGAAGGGGAAGGAAGAGCUGAUUCCUAUUUCCGGGGAAGGGAAGUAUCAGAUCCCAGAUUCCAAUAGCAAGGAGCAGGCGGAUAAGACUCUCACCUAUACAGCAAGUUUGGUUUUCUCUCCAUCACUGAGUGAGGAACAUGGAUCAGAAUUUAUCUGCAGAGUGGAACAUCCCAUUCUACAGAAACCCAUAGAGAAGAGCACUGGCCCAUUGUUUGUCUGGGCUAAACCCAAACCCCUGGGAGAUAUAAAGUCAACCCUCUUUGACUCAGGAGAGGUGAUGUUGUUCUUCAGCCUUGGGAGCUUCUACCCAAAAGAUCUGGAUAUCAGUUGGACCUGUGGGGUGGGAGAUUCUCAGCAAAUACAGGAAUCCACUGACCAACUGCAGGAAAAUCCCAACCUUACAGUCAGUAUCCACAGUGACUGUAGAAUUCCCAGAAAUCUCUUCAACAAGCCAAGGUUUAGAGUCUGUGUGAGAUGGACACAUGGAUCCAUGGGAAAUCCUGAAUCCAGGGAAUUUUCUCUAAAGGAUUUAGCCCAACCCCUGAUGCCCCAGCCUGUGAAUAUCACCCUCUGUUGUGACUCCGGAGAAGUACUUUUCUCUCUGAAGCUCCUGAGUUUUUAUCCCAAGGAGAUCCAGACUGAGUGGCAUCUCAAAACAGGACCAGCUAAAGCUAAAUUAUCAUCGACACCAAGUUUGACCCAGAAUUCUGAUGAGACUUGGAACAUUGAGAGUAACUGCAAAGUGUCAGGAAACAAACUGAGAGAUCCAAAGUCCAGAGUGUCCGUCACCUGGAAACAUGAAACCAUGGAAGGUCCAGAAACAAGAGAAAUAUCAGCUCUAGAUCCAGGUUUCCCUUGGGCCCCAGAAAUUGGGGAGAUAGUGACCCCCAGCCUUGUCCCUGGGGAAGAGGCCACAUUUCAGUGUAAGAUCUCCAGGUGCCUCCCUGCUGCCCUGACAGUCACAUGGUACAGAAAGGAGGAAGGAGACCAGGAGGGGUUCCCCGUGAGUCAUGGAGACAAGUACAAGAUCCCCAAACUCAGAGAGGACUAUAGACAUUUCUCCUGCACUGCCACUUUGUCCUUCACUCCUUCCCCACUCACUGACAAUGGGGUGGAAUUUAUCUGUAUGGUGGAACAUCCCACUCUACAACACAGAAUAUGGAGAGGGACCGGCCCACUGCAAGUGUAGGAGCAAUGGAAUGAAGUCUGUACAGCACAACCGGGAGACGCCGACCAUGACAUGUGGGACCAUGAGCUCAAUGAGGAAGAUAAUCGAAUGGAUACUCAGUAACACUAUGGAGAGAAACUCUGGGACACUGAGGAUUCAGCUUGGCCAGUUUGUGGGAGACUCCAGUGAUUUAUUUAAGUCUGACAGUUGUUGGGCCAUAAUAGAUGAAGGAAUAAUUAAUGACGAGAAGAUAUAAAUGAAGGAGAAGGAUAAGAGGAUGUUCAGUGUAAUACCAACUUACUCUGUAUUUUACCUGUUAUUUACCCAUUAUACCUUUCUACUAAUGUUUCUAUAAAUAUAUUCUGUGUAUUACCAGUUCCAUUGGCUACUCUAUUAAGCCCUACAACCAAUCCCAUUCUUCACUGAGCUAAAUGUUAACUGCCAAUUGGUUGCUAUGGGUUACUAGACGAUUACAUUUAUUUGUUGCAGUGUAAUCACCCCAUUUAUAAUACCGAGCAUCUGUAUUGUUUGUUUUAUAAUAAAAUCUAUAAACGUG